AUGGACGUGUUCUUUUAUUUGAUAUCCAGCGGGGACCAAAAAAGCGGGCACGUAACACAAGGCUUUCGCGGCCGACAGCGCGGCAAGACGGGAGGGCCUCUAAAUUCGGGGCGUUCCCGACUGCGGGGGCAGAUUGAUAUAUACCGGGAAGCACUCGCCGCUCUAAUGAAUGGGGUGUGGCACGCACCCUGCAAAUCUGCAAUAUCCGCAACCGCGGCCGACUGCGCCGCUGCAGAGCUCGCCCGGGUGAUAUUUACGACUAUCGCCGACGAGCAAACAGUGUGGAGGACGGCGAAGUUGGCCGCGGAUUCAGUGGACAGAUUUUGUGAGCACGGCGUUUCGGCGCUAGCGCUUAGCGCAAUCGAAACUUCUCGAAAGUUAAGCGAUAACGGCGGCGUUAGCGCGCCGCGACGUCACCCGCCGAAGAAUCCCAAUCAUAAUAAUUCAGACGCUAUCUACGGGGUCGGGGAUGCGGAACAAAAGGAGAGAAACAAUGGCGGACGGCGUCGGGAG